CAGCUGCAUUGAACAGAAGAUCCGUCUGCUGUACAAAGUGGAAGAUGGACAGAACAGCCACUGUGACCAUCCUCAUCCUCCUUCUGUGUGCCAUUGCUGCACAGGGUGUUCCGAUCCCAGGAGCACAAGGACGGUGCCAUUGCAUUCGAACCAGCUUUGAUAUUAUUCAUCCGACGUCCAUCAGGAGCUUGAAAUACAUUCCCAAAGGAUCCCACUGUGAGAGAGCAGAGAUAAUUGUCACCCUGAAAAAUGAGACGAAAGUGUGUGUGGAUCCUGAUGCCAGGUGGUUGCAGGCUCUCAUAACAGCCAUGAAAGGUGGGAAACAACACAAAUCAAAAAACUGAAGCUGCAAAAUGAGCGAAUGAAUUCCAUCUCUAGAUUAUCCGAUGGGGAAAGAUGGAAGUUCAGCCCUGGGUGUUAACUCUGUGAUAUCACCAUCCAGUGGUUCAUUCCAGUGUCUCCUCUUCAUUGUCUUCUGAGAGUGAUCUUGCUGUUUCUCCCUGUCACAGGACAUUUUUUUUACCUGGACACACGACCUGUUUGCAUUUGAGGACACCAUCUGAUGUUUGUGUUACAUUUUGUGCAAAUCAUAGGGUUCUUGUGCAAUUUAUGGUAAUUAAACUAGAUUCUGGACCUGUGACCUUGUGGAAAAGUGUAAAUGAGACCGGAGUCAUUUGCUAAAAUAUAAUAUUGGUUAUCGGGUUGGGAGAUGAUGGUGGUAUUAAACUAAGAUGGUGAGUGAAUCUCCAUGACUACAGAGUUAAAAUGAUCUCAGUCCGCAAGGGAAG